UAGAUGCGCCUCCUCCUCGCGUAUAUAAAGCGGCCGCGCAGCCUCCUUGCCCCUCUCCCACGUUAACCAGGAUAUCAGCUGCUGUCACCGGAUCUCCCCUGCCGUCAAGAAUCAUGGCUGAGCUUAAGGAGCGCACCUUUAUUGCCAUCAAGCCCGAUGGUGUACAGAGGGGCAUCAUUGGAGAUAUCAUCAAGAGGUUUGAGGCAAAGGGCUUCAAACUCGUGGGCAUGAAGUUCGUCCAUGCCUCUGAGGACCUCCUGAACCAGCACUAUGCUGACCUGAAGGACAGACCUUUCUUUCCUACCCUCAUCAAAUACAUGCGCUCUGGACCAGUGGUUGCCAUGGCAUGGGAAGGCAAAGGUGCAGUGAAGACUGGCAGGGUGAUGCUCGGUGAGACCAACCCCGCUGACUCCAAGCCCGGAACCAUCAGAGGAGACUUCUGCAUCGACGUCAGCAAGAACAUUAUCCAUGGCAGUGACUCAGUGGAGAGUGCCAACAAGGAGAUCGCCCUGUGGUUCAAAGAUGACGAGCUGGUCAGCUACACUAGCUGUGCCUUCAGCUGGCUCUACUAAGCUGUCCUGGCUAACUGCAGCAGUUCUCUCUCACUGGUCGGAGACCACUGAAACUUUUGCCUCAGAUUUCCAGUUUUUCAUCUGUAGCAGAGGGAAGAACUGUCAAGUCCCCACAUUCCCAUCCUUCACUCAGCCCAUUGUCGUACUGUAUUGGCAUCUGGUCUCUGCGGGGUCCAUCUAGUCUGUACAUUCCUGAGUUCAUUCCAUUCCACCUUCUCCUUGACAGUAGUUAACGAUUUUAAACUUGUCUUUGACUGUUGUUUAAAGGUGAUCUGCUUUUCAAUAAAACGCUCACAAUACCAA